GGGAGAGGAAGGAGGGACCACACGAAGGCUCCUGAUGUUCAGAGCUUGACAUCCGUCCUCUGACUAGUUGGCGAGCAGCUCUCGGCGUGUGAUGGAGGCCGCCAUCGGUGUGCUGGUGUCCCAGUUCAAGGCCUAUGCAGGGAGUGAUGGUUCCUCGGACACGCUCAGCCGAGGGGAGUUCCAGAAACUGGUGGCUUCACAGCUCCCGAACCUUGUCAAGGACGCGGGCGACCCUGCGGUCAUUGACCACCUCAUGAGCACGCUGGAUGAAAACUGCGACGGGGAGCUCACCUUCCUGGAGUUCUGGCAGCUGGUCGGACGUCUGGCAAACCAGCACGGAGGAUUUGGCAAAUAGCGUCUGCAGAUCUUAUUUUACAUCUCUGUAUGUGUGUGUG